AUGUCUUACGCCGACGCUGCUGCUAAGGGUCCCAAGCAGACCCCCGAGGAGGUAAUUACCGAAUACUACAUUCGCGCCCCCAAAGUUGGCGGCAUCUACAAGGACGAGUCCGAAAGCACCGCCUCGUUGAUCGAUGUCGACUCCCCGCACGUUAACAUCGUGGACUCCGAUUUCCCGGAGAAGGAUAUCCAGACCACCACCCAAGCCGAGCGCAUAGAGCGUGAGGCUGCUGAAGCUGAGCAGCGCCGAGUUCGCGAGGCUGCUGGGAAGAAGGCCAAGGCUAAGGGCAAGGGUGUGGGUGCCAACGCGAGCAACCCUGUCUACAUCACCAAUGCAGUUAUCGGCGCUCUGGUCGGAGCUGGUCUCGGAUUCGGUGCCUACCGCAAGCAUGCAGAGGGCAAGCUGUCCUGGGAGCUUGUCGGUCUUGUAUCUGGUGCUGUUGGCACAUUUGCCGUAGCAGACUGGUUCGUGAGCAAGUGGUUCUUGCAAAACAAGUACCCUCUCAAAUAG